AAAAAAUAAAAGAAAAAAAUUAUUAAAUUGUUUAUUGAUAAGAUUGUUUAUUUAUUAAUAAUAUUUGCCACUUAAAGUAAGCUAAUUUGUUUAUUAAGUGAAAUUUAUCAAUAACGCAUAAAAAUCACCGAAUACGUUUUCAAAAUGCCGCCUGUACAGCAGAGUCAACAGAAUUGGUGCAUCAACAUGAUAUGGCUGAUUACUAUAGUGGCCCUAAGUGGUGAAUAUUUCGUAAAAGGAGACUCCUCCGCCAUACCACAUCCUUGUGACAAUGUUAAAUGUCCGCCUCUCAUGGACUUAUCGUGUCCUGCCGAUAGCAGCAUUCGUGAACUUAUAGCCGAACCCUUAAUAGCUGUUGAAGAUGAACAGGAAUUUCUACACAAUGCCAACAAUUCCUCAGAAAUCACAGAAGAAAUCUUCUCCCAAUGCUGCCUAAAUAAAAAAUGCAUUUGUAAUCUCUGUCAUAUACCCGACUGUCACAAUGAUGGCGAAGUGGUGGUAGAACUCUUACCCGAAUCCAUUGAUAUGCCCGGCUUUUGUUGUGGCAAAUACGAAUGUCAAAAGGAACCCAACUGUACAGAGGUCCAAGAUACCGAUAGCUAUUGGUUGACCAAUUGCCAACGUUGUAAGUGUUAUGGUGGCCAGAGAUUGUGUCAUCAAAGUUGUGAUGAGGGUAUGAAAAAGCCGGCCAUGUGUCAUUCCAAAAACUUGAAUACUUUCUAUGAGCAUGGUCAGAGUUGGCGUGAUGGUUGCUAUGACUGUGAGUGUGUUAAUGGUGAGGCCAAUUGUUUGAUAACCUUCUGCAAGGGUUUGAAUUGUUCCAAAAACCGUCAGGUCCAAUUGAAGGAUAGCUGUUGUCCCGUUUGUUGGCCUAAGGGCUUUGCUAUGCCUAAUGCUGAAGAGGAAUAUGAUGAGGAUACUGAUAUGGAAGAGCAUAAUGAUAAUGAAAUUGAAUCCAGUCAUCAUUAUGACAACAAUGAGGAAUAUACAGAUAAUGAAGAGCAAAUAGAGCCCGAUAUAGAGCUAAAGCCCAUUAAUGAAAUAGCAAAAGCAACAACAGAAACUAGCACUACAACAACAUCUACUACUACCACCUCUACAACUAAUAAGCCCUCUACAACAGAGACCACCAGCACCACACCAGCUGAGUUAAUAUUCUCUCCAGGCUUACCUUACACUCCCACUACUUCCGCUGCCACUAUCUUGCCCUGUAAAAGUGAAAAUCUUUCCAGCACUACCAGCUCCAGCACCACACCCGAACCCUGCAACCGCCAAGAAGUGCCAGCCACCUACCAAGUCUAUCCCCAAGUAGUCGAACUCAUGCGCUACAGCCAACACAACAACUUGCUCUACACCAUUAUCGGCUGCCUGUCCGUCCUCGUGGUCAUUUUGGCCGCCUGGAGUAUUCACCUCAAAGCCAAGCAAAGAUCCUAUAGACCCGUUUCCAAUUUCGAUGACAAUUUCAAUCGAAUGUCUUCUAACAUUAAGAAAAUGAAUGAUUAUGUUUAAGCCCCUCAAAAUAAAAAGGGCCACAGCAGCAGCAGCUAAACGAAUAUACUUCAAACAAUAGUCUAAGUAAGCUAAAGUGUAGAGUGUAGUAUAGAACCUAGACCCUGCUUUUAUUUCACCCACAUUUAGACCAGUCUUUUUGCUUAGCUGAGGAUCUCAAAAUACUUAAAAAAAGAAAAAUUAUAUAAAAAAAAUUUUGCAUUGAAAAGUGAAAAUUAAAUCAUAUAGAAAAAAAUAAAAAUAUUACAAAAAAGUAUUCAAUAUUUUCCUAAAUUUUAGUUAAAUUCUUUUUAUUAGUUUUAAAAUAAAUUUAUGAUAAAUUAAAAUAAAA